AUGGAUCUUACCUGUGUUGUACGUCGACAUGUUAAAGUACUGAGCAGGAGAAAAUGUAACUUCUCCGACGCUGUUUUCAACCCGCCACAAUUUGUCGACAUUUUCCCGGAUCCGCAAUUGACAUCUUUGUUUACCAUAGCAAGGAGUAAAGAAAUCGGAGUCCAAUGCCAAGCUUGUGAUGUUUCAGCACUUAAUAUCAAUACGGAUUGUGCUACGACCAAGACCCACGGAGUUUUCCACAAGGAAGGUGGCCUAUAUAUAUGGCCUCGCGAUGUCAACCCGCUAGAAGCCGAUCAAACGGCUCGCUACCGCAAAAAGAUCGAGAAGGAUGAAGCUUAUUCCCGUAGCCUACUGUCCUACAACUUGGACAUGCAAACGCCAGAUCCGAAUCCUCUGCGAACCCUUCAUCUGCUAAAGGAUCCGUCACCGAUAAAACGCGCAGUCACUGAAAGAGCUGUGCAACCAGAAAUAAUUUUACGCAGCAUGAGUCAACUACGUUCCGUCUCGUUCAAUCCGCGUGACCAACACAUUUUAGCUGGUGGAUCGAUUUAUGGCGCUGUGGGAAUUUGGGACGUUCGUAAGAGUCAAGGUCCAGUCGAAUGCGUCCCCAUUGGUGUCGGUCAGUCGGAAAGUGUCACUUCGCUUAUUUGGAGCAAUUCAAAAGCUGGAGGAGAAUUCUUUUCCGCCUCUGGCGACGGCCAAGUUCUUUGGUGGGACAUGCGAAAAUUAAAUGCGCCAAUAGACGCACUUUUACUGGAUCCUAGUUCAAUCCUUCGAUCGGAAAGCGCUUUAUCGGCUAGGCUACUUGUCUGGAGUAUUGCGAUGAAUUGCAACAGAAGAGCCCGAACAACAGCGGAGAGGAUAAUGUGCCAAUACGAGGCACACUUGGGCCCAGUUCACGGUCUACAUCGACAGUCGACACCCACAACUGCCCAAAAUCUUUUUGACCGUUGGGGAUUGGACCACGAAUGUUUGGACCGAGGACAUUCGCGAUUCGCCCAUUUUAACUUUAAAGAAUCAAAAUGUCCAGUUACUGGCCGGAGCGUGGAGUCACACACGGCCGUCCGUCAUAUUCACUGCUGCAACAGACGGUGA